CCCUCCCUCCUCCUUUCUGCGGCGGAGCUUCUCAGUUCCGGUCACGUUGCGCUCUGUUUACGCCUCGGAGCUAAGAGAGGAUGGGGCCUAGGGGCCACCGAGGCUGAGAGCCCGCUUUUCUAAGAAGCCCAGGACCCCCAAGAGCCUUCCUGCCGCCUCUUCCAUUGCCAAAGGCUCGGGCCGUUAAAUGCGUCGCAAUGGAGACGCUGUCCCUGGAGCACCAGAUCCAGAGCGUGCAGCGGCACAUUGCUUUCCUCAAGAAGGAACAGAUGGAGCUGCUCCACGACUUGCACCUGGAGAUCCUGCACUUGCAAAAACACUGCACAGAGCUGACCCACGAUCUUGAGAUGAAGGAACUGGAAGCCAACCAGCAAGACAUGAUUGAUGAAGAGCUCGAGGAGAAGUGCAAGAUAAUGGAGGCCUGUCUGGAGGAGAAGGAGAAGGACAACAUGGAGCUGCGCAAGGAGCUGAGGCACAAGGAGAGUUUGGUGGCCGCCCUCCGGUCCAACCUGCGGAACAAAGAGCGGAAAUUCCUGGAGGAGCUGAAGAGGAGGAGCCACCGGGUGACCAUCCUCAACACGGAGCUGCAGAAGCAGACCGAGGCUGCAGCGUACCUCUCCUUCCAGCUCCACACCAACAAGCAGAAGCUCCACAGCUCCAAGCAAGGUGGGAAAACCCUCCUGGAGAAACCACCGCUGGAGAAAGCCUUCCUUCCACAGCCGUGCGGUGAGGCCAGGCCCAAAAAGCGGACUCACAAAUCCCAUCCUCGCCGGUCGGGCGGCAGCGGCGGCUUUCACAACAAAGGGGCCUUCAAGGACUCUUCGCCCCGGGACAGGCUGAGCAGCUUCGAAGAGGCUGACGCCAUGCCCGACCCGGCACUUUUUUUGUACACGCAACGGCACCACACAAAAACGGAGCACAAGGCUCCCACGCAGCUGUCCGACCAGAGUGGUGUCAAAGCGGGGCGGCCCAAACCCUCACGCCCAGCUCCCCAAGACACGUCGGAAUCUACAGGCAGGAUCAGGACUUCGGGCAAACCGAGGCCGUCUUCCAAAGGGGAACCCCGUAAACGCACCCCCUCAGGCCCGCCAACAUCCAAAGACAUGGAGUAAGGUUACGGGGCCAUGGACAGCAAGAGAGAAGAAGGAAAACACACAGCCAUGUCAAAGUGCGUCCUAUUUGAGUUACUUGAUCUUGCCAAGCAGCACCCUGCACCCAGAGUCCGUUUGUGGGGGAAACGCUCAGUCCGAAGGCCUCGCAGGGGGAAACGCUCAGUCCGAAUCCUUCCAACAUCAAAAUAACCCCCUUUGUCCACGGGGUACGGUCGGAGUCCGUUUGGGGGGGAAACGCUCAGUCCGAAGGCCUCGCAGGGGGAAACGCUCAGUCCGAAUCCUUCCAACAUCAAAAUAACCUCCUUUGUCCAGAGGGUACGGUCGGAGUCCGUUUGGGGGGGGGAAACGCUCAGUCCGAAGGCCUCGCAGGGGGAAACGCUCAGUCUGAAUCCUUCCAACAUCAAAAUAACCCCCUUGGUCCAUGGGGCACGGUCGUCGGCGACGGUGAUGUCGCUCCGAACAUCAUGAUUCAACCUGAAGUGAAUGUAUCCAGUGUGCAAUAUUCCAGCAAAGGGCCUCGCUUGGUUGAACCUCCCGUUUCUGUGCCUUGAGAUUACAACUUUAGGGAUUGUUUUUCGGGUUCCCCUCAUUUCAAAUCCUGAUGCAGGCUUCAAAACACGCGGCUCGAAAUCCCGAUUUCGGUGGCAAAACAGAUUACCUCUGGGUUUGUGAGGAUUCUGAAUGUGUACGAUAUGUCCCAUUUGCAAUUGGGUGCGAUUUAUGUUUACUGUAUAUACUCCUGUAUAACUCCCAAAAAAGUUGUUCAACAUCUCCAAGGCUCAAUGUGAAUACUGUACAUUAACACUUUUCUAAAAAGGGGACUCUUCCCUUUCUGAAUAGAGUUGCUAAAUCCAUGACUUAUAUACGAGUAUAUACGGUAAUGGUUUCCCUGCUUUUUCCACCAUCAUCUCCAGGCUAAAAUGGCCACGGACCCAUGGAUGUGAGUGUGUAGGAGGCCAAGUGUUGCAGGAUGUAUAUGUAGAGCAGGGUAUUCGAUACGACGGUCUUUUUUCCUCUUCCCUCGUAAGCGGGACAAUCAAAACAAAUUUGCAGUAGUCUAAAACCAGUGGUGGUCCUCUGCGGUGCGUAUUCGGAGAUCUAAAAUUGGAAGCUUUUAAUUUAUGAAUCAUGAUUGUGGCUCUUAUCCGACUCGGGAAACGAGACACAUUACGAUUCGGCAGUGCUUGAAUUAUAGGAGAGGCCGAGAGGUUCAAAUCCGCUUCGUUUUUGACUGGCUGUUUCCAAUUAUUAAUAUUAUUAUUAAUUGCAAACCAAACUUAAUUCCAAACGUUUGCUGGGUUUUGAAUUAUAAUAUGACCCCGGUAUUUUCAAGGAGGAUACAUUCCAAGAACUGCCAUGUAUACCUGAAACUGAGGAUAAUCGUGAGCCCUUUAUCUAUAUAUAUAAAAAUGUAAUGUGCAUUUUUCCCAUGGAGUAAACAACAAAACCACUAAACCAAAUCACACUAAAUUUGUCCACAAAAAACACAGUCAUCCAAUCUAUGUCUUUCAAACAAAAAAACAGAAAAAUAAAGUCCAUAUUACAGAGGAUGAGGAAGAGCUGGUCUUCCCCUGGCUGCCACUCAAAAAGGUAGGCUCCGCCCCCUUUAGGCUCCGCCCACUUCAUGUCAUAGCAACCCCAUCAGCCACAAUGGCGCCUGGGGGACAGGCUGGGGGGGAGAUGAUACGCAACACAGGUAUCUGAAACCAUGGAUAUCGGAUCAGGGGAUAAGAGGGCUGUACUGUUCUACUUCUGGGUCUGGUCUGAAACUGGGCCCAUAACCUGUUUCUCAUUACAAGGGCUGCAAUUUGUGAUCUAAAUUUUCCGAAGCUCCAAAAUUAUUAUGCGUUCUUUGAGUAGUCAUUUUCAACUUGCAGCGAGAGACCAGCUUUGUAGAUUUACCUCCCUCUCGCGGGGAUUCGCCUUCCUAUAAUUCAAGCAGUGAGUCCGAAUAAAAGUUCCCGAGGACCCAAAACGGUCCAAUUGCAAAAUCUUCCUUGUUUGGAGGAUUUGGAAAGGGUCACGGGAGACAAGUAAACGUGCUCUCUUCCCUGACCAGUAGUGAUGAUUAUGUAUAAUAUAUCUAUAUAUAUAUUGGCCUAUGCAUAAGAUGGGAUUAAAGGGGAGGCGGGAUAGUUCGUUCACGCAUUUGCACAGUAGUUUGUUCACCCAAGAAUCGACUUUGCGGCCAUAGAGUUCUCACCUUAGGCACAUCUAUACGGAUCACUUGUUAUAUGUAAAGUCCAGGAACCGGUUUGAGGCCUGGACGAUGUCGAUAUCGGAUCAGUGGAUAAGGGGGAGAUGUCCUGUAUGACUUCUGGGUCUGGUCUGGAACUGGGCCCAUAACCUGUUGUGGUUUGUAUGGUGAGUGCAGGUCCCAGGAUUGGGGUCGAUGUCGCCAUCGAUAGCCUUAGCUGUAGCUAGAUUGCUUUCCAUUUUGAAAAGGGGAAAACACAUGAGACUGAAUGACAAUCAAGAUGGAUUGAAGGGUUUGUUUGCCUUUUUUUUUUUUUUUUUUUGCCGGGGCGGAAGUGUACCCGGCAAGUCGGCGAGGCCAAAAAAAAUUAAUUUUUCACUUAUCUCUGUGUUCGUUUAGCAAAUUCACAAAGGAUUUUGCCUGGCAAACUAUAGAAUCGUGUGGCAGAUCUAGACCAUUCCUAGAGGGUGUAUUUGUUUUUCGUAUAUUUAUUUAUUUUUGUAUUUAUUUAUAUUUAUGUAUUUAUUUGCGGUGCGAGCCUCCUAUUCCAUGGGGAUGCGUCCCUGAGCUUCCUUUGAGACAAAAUUCUGGGUGAUUGCCUCAAAUUUAUUUAUUUACAGUAUUUAUAUUCCGCCUUUCUUUCUCACCCCGAAGGGGACUCGGGGUGGAUCACAAUGCACACACGUACGUGGCAAACAUUCAAUGCCAUUAGACAUGCAACAUAUAUAGACAGACACUUGUGACACUGAGUCCUUGAUGGAGUACUCCCUCAUUCUUCUCCAUGCUGCUGGAGGUUUUCAUGGUGUCAUAAAUUAGUUGAAUUAGCCUCCCCGUGUAAAGCAGUAUCUAAAUUUCCUACUUGUCAGAUGCAACUGUCUUUUGGGCUGCUUAGGUCAACAGCAAGCUAGGCUAUUAAGUGGUUGGGGACUCACUCCGACCCGAUCCGGAUUCGAACUCAUGACCUCUCGGUCAGUAGUGAUUUAUUGCAGCUUGCUACUAACCAGCUGCGCCACAGGAUUGACAGGGGUUAGUUAAUUAAUUAACUCCGAAACACCCUGAUUUAUUGGCGAGUCUGGACUCUCAGCAACUCCUCUCCAGUCAAACCGCUUAAGCAUCCAGCGAAAGCAGCACCAACAAACGACACCACAGUCGUAAUUCUGCUGAUCCCAGCAGUUCUAAGGCUUUAUUAUAUACAUCUAUAUACAAUUACAAAGUCCAUCGCUCUUAGGACUCAUGCUUUCACCAGCAAGGGUAAAGCAUGUCCUGUCUGCCGAGCGUCUGCAAACAACUCAAACAGGCGACUCCCACAUUCCACUUCCAAUGACGAAUGUUCCGCCCUCAGAAGGCUUGACCUAUUGGCCCUGCAGGCAGUCAAUCAAGCUGGCUUGUGAUUAACCCGUGUGCUGCUGGAAAGUUUGCUGGAAUACACAGUUGCAAAAAACCAACAGCAAACACUUGAUUCAACAUUUCACACUAACAACAAAAUACACCAACAUGGAUGACAUAGUCUUGGGACAUCAGUGGAGGACAUUUCUCACCUCCAUUUGCUGUAACGUCCCACAUGUUCGGGAGCUCAAUCCGACCCGGCCUGGCUUCGAACUCAUGACCUCUCAGUCAGUAGUAGUUUAUUGCAGCUCGCUACUAACCAGCUGCGCCACAGCCCAGCCCCCAAAGGUCAUUUACUUGGCCCACACAAGUUUUCUUUCUCCUUAAUUCCCUUCCAUUUCUUUUUUUAUCCUCUGUUUUUCCCCCCAAAGGAAAGGAGUCCUUUCCACCCUGUUCUUUCUCCCUUCCAAAGUUUGAGGACCCCCUGUCUGGACAGAACACGUUGAACGCCGUCUGCACCCACCUCUCUCAGUCCAAUACCUUUGCAACUGCUUCCGUUGUUAUUUUGCUCCAUGGGAUUCUGGGGGGGAUUCUGUUCCCACAUCCAACGCCCCACAUGCACUGUCGCAUGAGCAGAGAUCAUAACAGCGCAUGAAGCACCCCUUACGUCUCUGCACAUAAUCACUCUGAGCAAUUCCGUUCAACUCCUUGCAUCUUGGGUUUGUUUAUUUUGAUAUUUUUAUGAAAUUGUUUCUAUAGCGGAAUCAAAAAACCUACGUAUUUACACGAAGGCGUAACAUAUACCCAUGUACCCGGCGAAGAGCGGGAUAUUUUGUAACAGUGGAGGAUCGCGUUUGUAACGGGAUGGACUUCCUCGUGUAAUACUAUGUAUCAGAUUUUUACUUGUUGUCUUAGAUAAAUAGCUUAUAGUAUCUCUCUGUGUGUGUUUGUAUAUACAUAUGUAUAAACACACACCCAAAAUGUACUGAUACCAUAUUUAACAUUUAUCAGGGAGUGUACCAAAUGAAACCCGCGAUGCGCGCGCAAUCUUUCUGUCGUUCGCCUGUAGACUUUGGGGAAACGGAGGCCUCGCUAUUAGCAAUAACUCGUUGUUCUACAAUCAAACGUGUCUCGCCGUCUUCAUCGUAUCCCCGCCGUCGCUUCACCGUCCCAUGGACUUCGGGGUCUCCGAAAUAUGCCUUCCGUGGACUGUAUAGUUGGCGCAAUGUUCAUCUUCUUUGGUCACAUAUUUGCCCUGCAUUUUCCAAUGAAAACCAUUUUCCUCUCGG